CUCUUAGACUUUGUCCCUCUUACUGACCAGGCAAGGGGGUCAGAGUCCACGCUUGACUCACCUCUCACUUUACCAGGGCUAAGAUCCCAGCUUUAUACAAAAAAGCAAGAACAACAGAGAAGCACCCAGCCCCAAAGCAACAGGGAGUCACCUCUCCCAUCCCUCUGCAUGGAGUACCUUUCAGCCUUCAACCCCAAUGGCCUGCUAAGGUCAGUAUCCACUAUGAGCUCGGAGUUAAGCCGUAGGGUCUGGAGCUCAGCUCCUCCACCUCAGCGACCCUUCCGUGUCUGUGAUCAUAAGCGGACAGUCCGGAAAGGACUGACAGCAGCCAGCCUCCAAGAACUGCUAGAUAAGGUCCUGGAGACCUUGCUGCUACGUGGAGUGCUAACACUGGUCCUAGAGGAGGAUGGGACUGCUGUGGACAGUGAGGACUUCUUCCAGCUGCUGGAGGACGACACGUGCUUGAUGGUGCUCGAGCAGGGCCAGAGCUGGAGCCCCAAGAGUGGGAUGUUGUCAUACGGCCUAGGACGGGAGAAGCCAAAACACAGCAAGGACAUCGCCCGCAUCACCUUCGAUGUGUACAAGCAAAAUCCUCGAGACCUCUUUGGCAGCCUCAAUGUGAAAGCUACAUUCUACGGACUCUACUCCAUGAGCUGUGAUUUUCAAGGAGUUGGCCCUAAAAGAGUACUAAGGGAGCUCCUCCGUUGGACUUCCUCGCUGCUGCAAGGCCUGGGCCAUAUGCUGCUGGGCAUCUCCUCCACCCUUCGCCAUGUGGUGGAGGGGGCUGAUCGAUGGCAGUGGCACGGGCAGAGACACCUCCACUCCUAAUGAGAUCAUGCUUUGAGCCUGUGCUGAAAGACUGGUUCCAUGUGACCCAUGAGGGUAGUAAAGGCACCAUCAGGCUUGGGGCUGCAGUGUACCCUAGGUAACCAAGCUGACUCCAUCCUAACACUGCCUUGUUCCUCUGGCCUGCACAUCUUCCUGAAGAAUGCUACCUGUCUUCCCUCCAUUCCUGCCUUCCAUUUACCCUGCAGAACCACAGCCUUGUCCCCUGGCAUCCUGAUCCCACCGUAAUCGCUGCUUCAUCUAGGUUCUUACUGACGCCUAUCCCUAAGAUCCUGCAUACCAAUGGCCACUGUCCCUAGUAUUACUGCAAGAUAACUUCCCCUAAAAAAUAAAACUAUUUCCAAGAAAAAUA